AUGACUGGACGAGGAGGCGGUGGUGGCCGUCGCGUUCUUCUACCCCCGAUCAACUUCAUCUUCAAACUGCUUCAGCAGCACUCGACCGUGCAGAUUUGGCUGUACGAGCAGCUUGCCAUCCGCAUUGAGGGAAAGAUCCGAGGUUUUGAUGAGUUCAUGAACCUGGUGAUUGACGAUGCGGUCGAGGUGCGGCAGGUGACGAAAACGAAUGACAAGGAGACGCGGAGGGAUCUGGGCCAGAUCCUUCUGAAGGGCGACAAUGUGUCUCUGAUCCAGAGUCUGUCGGGUUAG